GUAUUUUGUUCCGUCGUUCACGUAGGACCGGCAAAAUGGACGAUAUAGCGUCAAGGGUUCCUGAUCAUGUUUUAGAAGUGAUAUUUUCCUACUUAAAAUUGCACGAUUUGCGAAAUUGUUCCUUGGUUUGUAAGAACUGGUAUAGAUUUUUGAACGAUGAGAAUAACGAUGUAUGGCGAUUACACUGUAUUAGAAAACUCGCUAAAGAAGCGCUCAAGUCGGAUUUGCUGUCAUCGGUUCCCACCUAUAAAGCUAAAUUACGAGCUUUUUACCAUGCUUGGAACCCUGACGAUUGUUCCCGAAAUAUUUACAUCAAACCAAACGGUUUCACUUUGCACAGAAAUCCAGUCGCUCAAAGUACAGACGCCUCUCGGAGUAAGAUAGGGUUUCGCCAUGGACGUCACGCGUGGGAAGUAAUUUGGGAAGGUCCUUUGGGAACUGUAGCUAUGAUAGGAAUCGCAACCAAAGAAGCAUCUCUACUCUGCCAAGGGUAUGUAGCUUUACUUGGUUCCGACGAACACUCUUGGGGAUGGAACCUUGUCGACAAUCAUUUGUUACACAAUGGGGAUGCACAAGGCAAUUAUCCUCUUCUUAACAACGCCCCAAAGUAUCAGAUUGGUGAGAAAAUAAGAGUUAUACUGGAUUGCGAUGACAACACACUGUCCUUUGAAAAAAACUAUGAAUUCCUAGGUGUAGCGUUCAGAGGAUUACCCGACAAGAGAUUAUACCCGUCCGUAUCGGCUGUUUAUGGUAAUACAGAAGUUUCAAUGGUAUAUCUUGGACCACCUUUGGAUGGCUAACACCUUUUGCAAGCUUUUGAAAUAAACUUUCAACAAACACUCUCUCAAGCACGUGCCACGCGAGGAUAGUCUGUUACAAUAUAUCUACGUUUAAGUAGAACUUCCACUAAGGCGAGUCCAAAGAAUCGCGUAUAAAUUAUGGAUAAGUG